GCGUUCGUGAUGAUCCCCACGUGCAGUAUUAAAUAAGACCAGACAUGUGACCAACAGCUUUAUGCGAGAGUAUAAAAGAGUGUACCUAUGUCUCUCUUCUCAGUAUAAAACUUAUCACUUCUACAUUCAAUUCGCGCCUGACUUUGCAAAGCGAAAUGGCCCUAGGGACACCGACAUGGCUGAAUCUAUGCUUGCUGGAGAAGAUCCUGCGAAAGUCGGAAGGCGACAACUCGAUCCAGGUGAUGGAUAUAAUCUCGAAACCGGCUACGUGCAAGGGUGAUAACUACACCAGCGACAUGACGAGGGUUAUCGUUGAAUACAAGCGUGAUCAGGGCGAUCAUAAAAUUAUAGACAAGAAAUCGCUCAUAGUCAAGGUCGCGCCCACAACUGAAGGCAUGCGUAAAGAUCUCGUUCUAAAAUCGGACAUCUUUACAACAGAGAUAAUGAUGAUGACAGACACCUUGGAUAAAAUGAACAAGUUAUUAGGACCCAAUUACAUUUUGAACGGGAAAGGCAUGUAUGUACAAAAAGAAGAUCCAAUGUUCCUGGUGAUCGAAGAUCUCGCGCCUCUAGACUUCCGUAUGGCCUGUCGCCUGAAUGGUCUUGAUAUGGAUCACUGCAUAUUGGCGCUGCACGGAUUAGCCAGAUUUCAUGCAUCUUCAAUAGCCGUAUGCGAGAAGGAACCAAACCAAAAACAGAUGUAUUCGAGAGGAAUGUUUAACGAUCAGCAUCCGGCAGAAAUGGGAGGAUUUUUCAUUAUGGGUACUAAAGGCCUAGCAGCCGAAGUCGAAAAAUGGCCAGAACUGGGAAAAAAGUACUCGGACAAAAUUCUUAAACUUGCCGACCACAUAUAUCAAAUAGGAAUAGAGGCAUGCAAAUAUUGCGAGGAUGAUUUCAACGUCAUUAAUCACGGUGAUUUCUGGGUGAACAAUAUGUUAUUCAAAUACGAUAAUGGAAAACCAACUAAGCACAUUUUUGUGGACUUUCAACUAUGCGUCUACACAUCGCCGGCGGUCGAUCUUCACUAUUUCCUCAAUACUAGUCCUUCCCCGGAUAUAUUUGACAACAAGGAUAUUCUAUUGAAGGAAUACCAUAAUACUUUAUCAAAGACUAUGAAGCAAUUGAACUGUAAAACGCAGCCACCCACCAUGGAACAGCUGAUGAAUGUAAUGAAAAAAAGAGAACGUUACGGAAUGAUUUCAUCUUUCACGGUGUUGCCGUUGAUGUUGUCUAGUAAGAACGAAGCGAAAGAUAUUGACGAAAUUAUGAGCAAAGAUGGCUCUUACGAGAAUCCGGGUUAUAAAAGCGAAGCUUAUCGAAAAAUUAUAACGAAGAGAAUAAUUAUGUAUGAUAAAAUGGGCUUAUUGGAUCUCUAA